CAAAACCAAUUUAACAGAAUUGUGUUUCCGUUUAAAAAUUCCUACCAUUCUCAGUGGUGAGCUUGAGUACUUAGAGGAAUACGUAAAGCUUAUGAGACCUAUUGCAGAAGCAAUCGACUUCCUUCAGGGUGAAAAGACCAUGUAUUUUGGUUAUUUCAUACCCACUAUAGUGUCCUUAAGUAUAAAAAUGCGUCGUUUGGAGCCUAAAAGUUUGAAGUAUUUAACCGAAAGUAGCAAAAAAAUGCAUGAAGCUUUGCUUAAAAGAUUUGAAAAGUACUUCCUGAUUCAGCCUGACGCUUGGGAUGCUGUUAUUGCCGCUAUUUCUGUCCCUGACAUUAAGUUGCGAUUUGUGAAAGCUCUUUUAGAAACAGCUAAAACGCAAACAGAAGAGGAAGUUAAAAAAAUGUUCAACACUUAUGUGGUCAAGUAUGGAAAAGUAGCCUGUGCCAAAACUCGUAUUCUACCUCAACCAUCUCAAAAAACAUUUUUUGACUUCGGGGAUGAAAGUAAUGAUAUUAGCAUACAAUGUGGUUCCACUGACUCGGAAAAUUAUCUGCAAGAAACGCUAUUAUACCUGGCCGAACGAGAAGAAACAACAAGUUGCCUAAAUAAAUAUCAGGCUAUUAAAAACGUAUUUUUAAAAUAUAAUACCCCAUUACCGUCAUCUGCACCUGUAUAACGGUUGUUUUCAUUCGCUGGAAUUGUAAAUCAGAAGGCAAAACUCAGCGAUGCAAAUUUUGAAAUGUUUGUGUUAAGAAAGGCUAAUAGCUAAUAGC